AUGGCGUUAUCAUCGAAUUGGUCUAAAUUAAUUCAGGCUAAAAAGGUUACUGUGACUGCCAAAAAUGCAGUUAGAAAAUCCUCUCGCAUAAACUCUAAGCGUCCUAUCCACAAAUCUAAGACUAGUAAAUUGAUGAAUAUGGUGUAUGAUAUGAACAAGGAAAUUAUUAAAGCUGAACAAGAUAAAAAAAAUGGAAAAGGCUUUGAAUUUAAAUCGGAAACUAAUUCUAGUAAAAUCCUUACAGAUAAAUUAGAACAGUCAGAUACCAGCUCAGUUCUAACUAAAAGAAAAUAUAAUAUUGGUAAAUAUGUUGCAAUGGAUUGUGAGUUUGUAGGUAUUGGUCUAGAAGGCAAAGAAUCUGCUCUUGCGAGAGUUUCUAUUGUAAACUAUUAUGGCCACAUUAUUCUAGAUACAUUUGUUAAGCCACAAGAAAAAGUUACUGAUUGGAGAACUAUGGUUAGUGGCGUUCGUCCAAGUGAUAUGAACACAGCUUCUACUUUUCAGGAAGCACAACAAAAAACCUCGGCCGUCUUGGAAGGAAGAAUACUGGUAGGUCAUGCUAUUAAACAUGAUCUGGAAGCUCUACUAAUUUCUCAUCCAGUAUCUAUGAUUAGAGAUACCUCUAAGCAUGUACCAUUUAGAACCACUUAUUCGAAGGGUAAAGCACCAAGUUUAAAAAAAUUGUCAAAGGAAAUUUUGAAGGUUGAUAUUCAAGAGCGUGAGCAUUCCUCUGUGGAAGAUGCAAGAGCUACAAUGUUGAUCUAUAAAACUCACAAAAAAGAAUUUGAACAAUUGCAUUUAAAAAGAAUUGGAGGUAAAUAA